AUGAAAUUUAUACAAGGCGCCUACAAAAAACUUGAUACCGAUGGUGAUGAUGUUGUAGAUAUUGACGAGCUUGAUACUCGCUUCGGAGAUGGAGACUUUGUUAAUUUCUUCGGCAGAAGAAUGACAAAAGAAAUAUUUAAAUCACACAUGAUGAAAUGCUUUGAUGCUGAUAGAGAUGGAAAGUUCCAACUUUCUGGAUUUAGUACAUAUUUCCAAGAAUAUAGCCAAUAUAUUAAGUCUGAUGAAGAAUGGGCAAAUGUUAUGAAUGGAAUGUGGGGAUUAGCCCAGUAA